AUGUCUGUGUGUCCGGGUGCCCACACUUUUUCAAAGAGCACAGCCCCUGGCACCUUGGUAACCCCGAAACGAUCUGGCAAGGCAGACAAGACGGAUGUUGGAGUUCCCGAGAUGUGUCCUCGUUCACCAUUAGAUUUGAUAGGAUGCACGAUGGCAAGGCCAACAGGCAGUUUCAAAAAGUUCGAAGAAGAAAACGAGAUAUCACUUUCUUGCCACCGUCAUGCUGCUGCAUAUCCUGCAAUCCUUUCGGCAUUUUUCCUCCAAUCAUAUGCGAACCCGAUAAUUUGCACAGUCACACCCAGGACAGGUGCAUACCGGAUGCCGAUGGAGCUGGAGGCCCAUUAA